AUGGCCGCGGCCAAGGAAGCCGUCUCAUUCAAUGAGAUUAUCCAGGCUGCCCGCACGCGCCGGAGGAAACAGGCUUUGACUGAUAAAUUCUUCGAUGCGAAAAGACGUUCAAGUGCUCCGGCUCCGGCUUCGGGGUCUGGUGUGGGCGGCGCGGGCGCGGGCUCGUUGGCCAACAGAGUAUCUGCUGUGCCGGGCAGCCUUGCAAGCAGACUGGGUGUUGUAAAGAGAUCAGCUGCAGCCGCGUCGACGAGAAAUUCUGGCGCCGCUGUGUCCACCCGUCCCGCCGGACAGAACCGCAUGUCCUUCGAUCUCAUUACACAAAACAAUGAUCGAGCACCUGUCCAGGACCGGGGCCCAGGAAUCAGUAUCAAAGGAAGCGCGUCUGGACCUUGCGUUGUGCUAGGAAGUAACUUUGCGCCCGGCACCACCGCUGCAGAUAUUGAGUCGGCACUGGAACCCGUAAGAGGUGCUAUGCUGAGUUGCAGGAUCGUGUCCACUCACCCAGAGGUGACCGCUGAGAUGAUUUUUGAGGAGAGGAGUCAUGCUGAGAGCGUAGUCGCCCGCUUUGAUAAUCAAAAGGUACGAGCAAGUAUCCCUGCGUUGAACCAGCUCUAUUCGCACUGGGGACGACUGACAAAUAUAUCCUUCAAGGCGGAUGGAAGGAUCCUCCAUCUUCGAAUAAAACCGGAACCACUGCCUGCACAGAUACUCUCCGAAGCGAGACUCCGCCACCGCCGGUCACAUUCCAAUUUCGACAGCCUGCGCGAACAAGCAGACCGUGAGCGUCGUGAGCUACGACACGCUGAUCCUCAUGUACAAGACGGCCGUUACGGGUUCGAUGAUCUAUAUCCGCCGCCGCAACAUCAUGGAGCCCGUUCAAACAGUGAUUAUCCAAGCGGAGGUCAGCGAGGGAGUGUUAAUGGAUCGGGGAGGAACCGAAACAUGGGGAAUGACAAUUCGGGACUCUACAGUGACCAAAUGAUUAUUGAUGAGCCGAGCCGCGAGUCGCGCUACCGCGGGAGACGCGGGGGGUAG